CCGGAGCGGCGGCUGCAACAGUCCCUGGACCCACCGCCGCCUCCUCAGGCUGCCGCUCGGCCGGUCAUUCCCACAGCCCGGCAGCUGACGGCGGCCCCCUGCCCCUCACCGGCUCCUCACUCUAGAUCGUCUCCCCCGUCCCUCUCCUCGCCUGGGACCCACCUCCCCACGGUCUCGCCGGGGUGGAAGACGACGAGGAGGAGACGAAAGUCACCCUCCCUGCAGGCGGCGCCGGCCCCCUCACCCGCGGGUGUGUCCUAUAAAUGGCGUCGGAAAGCGACACCGAGGAAUUCUUUGAUGCCCCUGAAGAUGUGCACCUAGGGGGCGGCUACCCUGUAGGGUCUCCAGGAAAGGUUGGGAUUUCAACAUUAAAGGAAACUGAGAAUACUGCACACAAAGUUGGAAAUGAGUCUCCUGUACAAGAAUUGAAACAAGAUGUGUCUAAAAAGAUUAUUGAAAGCAUUAUUGAGGAGAGUCAGAAAGUACUACAGCUGGAAGAUGACUCGUCGGAUUCCAAAGGAAAGGGACACUCUGACCAGGCUACUGGCAGUUCUCUUGUAGCUGGAACAGAUCUUAGCAAUAUACCUGGACUGUUAGCCAUAGAUCAGGUACUACAGGAAGAUUCCAAAAAGGCAGAGAGUCAGAAUGCAAUUGAAGAAACUGAAUUAGAAUCAAAAAGAUGUUUUCCUUCUGAUGACACCUAUGAGAAGUCAGUAGAUGAAAUCACUAAGUUAACUGAAAUAAGUUCAACUGAGCAGCAUAAUGUGCCUGAAACUGAAACAGAAGUAUUGAACAAAGAAGCCAUGGAAGUCAAAGGAAGUGAUGUUCUAGAACCUGUGUCCUCAAACUCUUCAUCUACUAAAGAUUUUGCUGCCAUGGAAGAAGUGGCUCCCGCCAAACCCCCAAGACAGCUUACUCCAGAACCUGACAUUGUGGCUAGUACAAAGAAGCCUGUUCCAGCACGCCCUCCCCCUCCAACUAAUUUCCCACCUCCUAGGCCCCCGCCUCCAUCUCGACCUGCUCCACCACCAAGAAAAAAGAAAAGUGAAUUGGAGUUUGAGGCCCUUAAAACGCCUGAUCUAGACGUUCCCAAAGAGAAUAUUACAUCUGAUACUCUCCUAAGUACGAACAUGGCUUCAGAGAAUACAGUCAAGGAUUCUCAGCCUUCUCUUGACUUGGCAAGUGCUACCAGUGGAGAUAAAGUAGUUACUGCCCAGGAAAAUGGAAAAGCACCUGAUGGGCAGACCAUAGCAGGUGAAGUGAUGGGCCCUCAGAGACCUAGAUCCAACUCUGGGAGAGAGCUUACUGAUGAGGAAAUUUUAGCCAGUGUCAUGAUUAAGAACCUGGAUACUGGAGAAGAAAUACCUUUGAGUCUUGCGGAAGAGAAACUGCCAACAGGUAUUAAUCCUCUCACUCUACACAUCAUGAGAAGGACUAAGGAAUAUGUAAGUAAUGACGCGGCACAGUCAGAUGAUGAAGAGAAGUUACAGUCUCAGACAACAGAUACUGAUGGUGGAAGGUUAAAACAGAAAACGACUCAACUAAAGAAGUUCUUAGGAAAAUCAGUAAAGAGAGCAAAGCACCUUGCAGAAGAAUAUGGUGAACGUGCUGUGAAUAAAGUUAAAAGUGUUAGAGACGAAGUGUUUCAUACUGAUCAAGAUGAUCCUUCAUCAAGUGAUGAUGAAGGAAUGCCAUAUACAAGACCAGUCAAAUUCAAAGCAGCGCAUGGUUUCAAAGGACCUUAUGAUUUUGAUCAGAUCAAAGUGGUGCAAGAUCUUAGUGGUGAGCAUAUGGGAGCUGUUUGGACCAUGAAAUUUUCUCACUGUGGCCGAUUACUUGCCUCAGCUGGACAAGACAAUGUAGUGAGAAUAUGGGCUUUAAAAAAUGCUUUUGACUAUUUCAACAAUAUGCGAAUGAAAUACAAUACUGAAGGACGUGUGUCCCCGUCACCUUCUCAGGAAAGUCUGAAUUCAUCAAAGUCUGAUACAGAUACAGGGGUAUGCAGUGGAGCUGAUGAAGACCCUGAUGAUAAAAAUGCACCAUUUCGGCAGCGGCCGUUUUGCAAAUAUAAAGGACACACCGCUGAUCUCCUUGAUCUUUCAUGGUCUAAAAACUACUUCCUGCUUUCUUCUUCGAUGGAUAAAACGGUCAGGUUAUGGCACAUUUCCAGAAGAGAAUGCCUUUGCUGUUUUCAACAUAUAGAUUUUGUCACUGCCAUAGCUUUCCAUCCAAGAGAUGACAGGUAUUUUCUAAGUGGGUCAUUGGAUGGAAAGCUCCGUCUUUGGAACAUACCUGACAAAAAAGUCGCUUUGUGGAAUGAAGUAGAUGGUCAAACAAAAUUGAUCACAGCUGCAAAUUUCUGUCAGAAUGGCAAAUACGCCGUGAUUGGGACAUACGAUGGCAGAUGUAUUUUCUAUGAUACAGAGCAUUUGAAAUACCACACACAAAUACAUGUCCGAUCUACCAGAGGACGCAACAAAGUUGGAAGAAAAAUUACUGGCAUUGAACCUUUACCCGGAGAAAAUAAGAUACUGGUAACCUCAAAUGACUCCAGAAUCAGACUAUAUGAUCUUAGAGAUUUGUCACUGUCCAUGAAGUAUAAGGGUUAUGUCAACAGUAGCAGCCAGAUCAAAGCAAGUUUCAGCCAUGAUUUUAGUUACCUCGUUAGUGGCUCAGAAGAUAAGUAUGUUUAUAUCUGGAGUACUUACCAUGACCUCAGCAAGUUUACUUCAGUCAGGAGAGAUCGUAAUGAUUUUUGGGAAGGUAUUAAAGCACAUAAUGCCGUUGUUACAUCGGCCAUCUUUGCUCCAAACCCAAGUUUGAUGUUGUCUUUGGAUGUACAAUCUGAAAAAUCAGAAGGGAGUGAAAAAGGUGAAGAUGCUGAAGUUUUGGAUACCAUGCCCUCUGGUAUUAUGAAGACAGAUAAUACAGAAGUUCUUCUUUCUGCUGACUUCACUGGAGCAAUCAAAGUGUUUAUUAACAAAAGGAAAAAUGUAUCUUAAUUUGAAAUGACAUUUAAAAUAAAAAUAUCAGUAAGUUUCUAUAUGUAUUAGAACUGAAAAAAGUAUAUUAUAGUGUUUCCGGCUAACAUCCUUUUUUUUUUUUUUUAAUUUUUACUGGAAAUUGUUCAAAUAUAAUAUAUUUUUUGAGCGGCAGUGUUAAUGAUCUAUAAACCGUGGACUGAUAGACAGAAAUGUGGCUAGAAUAACAUUGCCAAACGUUAGGCUUUAUGUUUUGUUAUAUUUGUGUUUUUGUUAUGUAAUUGUGAACAUGCACAGGUUUCUGCAUGAAAAUAUAUUAAUAUAUUAAUCACAUGUGUGUGCCUUUUGGUUACAUGCACUAAAUCUAACAGAGUUAAAUUAUUUCAGUGGCCCUUUUGGCCUCUUACAGGGAGGGGGGGAGUCUUGUUUCUAGCUUAAACGAUUUCUUUUGCACAAAACUUCAUUUUUCAGAAAAGUGGUAUUGACUGAGUUACUGUUUUGAAAAUGUUAUACAGGUUUUCAAUAGGUCAACAACCAUGUGUAAAUGGUUUUUUAUAAAUUUCUCAAUUUGGGGACAAGAUUUUUUUUUUUUGUAGUCUAAAUUGUGGGCUUAAGAUUCUUU